GUUAUGGUAUGCCUUGUCGGUGAUGCCUCAGGCAACUACCUACCUAGAGGCGGGAAUGCCUCCAUAGGUACCUCUACGUACGUGGUAGGUACAUCUACGGAGUGCUACGGAGGUUAGAUACAGGCAGGUCACCUGCUUAGGGGUUUGUGUAAAUAGGUAGGUACCUAGAAAAGCGCGGUCGCCUUUUAUACCUACCUCUUGUGCACUUGUGCCCAUUUAUACCCAUUCAUACGACGUCGAAUCUACGAGGCAGGACCUAUGAGUAGGUACCUACAUAGGUAGUAGACAUUCUUCAACCCUCAUCUCGCCAUCCGCCUCUUCCAUUAGUUUAGCCGAGGCGGGCUAACUAAGCCUACUUGACCUCGCUAUGAACAACACCACGGAACCUCUAACCGCCACCACUCCCAUUGGCCCCCCCUCACUCCUCGUCCUCCCGCACGAUAUCCUGCUGAGCCUCCCCUCCUACCUCGGCGACAUCGAGGACCUCGUCAACCUCUCCUCGACCUGCCGCGCUCUGCACGCGUGCGUGGAGCGCAUCUUGCCCAACACCCUCUUGCGCCUCGCCGUCCGGAGCCGGGCCCUUUUCCAGCCGUGGCCCUACCUUCUCGUCUGCGCCACCGCGCGUGAGCUCGGCAGCUGGGCCCGCGCCUCGGACGCCAACGAGGCCGAGCUCGCGAGCGGCUUGUACCGCCGCGGUAUCCAUCACCUGCUGGGCCUCGCCCUGCGGCACUGCGGUCUCACGCUCGCUCGCAUCCGCCGGCUGCACCGCCUGCGUUACACCCUGAUCAGCCCCGUCGUUGACCUCGUCGAUCGCUGCGUUGGCUACCAGUGGGGUAGCAACCCGGACUUCUGGGACAGCGGCAUCGACGACGCCUACGCCAUCUUGGCGGAUGCGUCUGACACCUUCUUCCAGCUGGCCAUCUAUGGGGAGCUGUUCGGACCCGAGUUCGACCUGCUCCUCCCCUCCUCCGUCUCCCUUACCGAGCCGCGGAGCCCUCCGGCUAAGAAGCUCAGGGUGGACACGCGCCUGGAAUUCGUAAAAUACUGUGUUCCUGACUUUGCCACCCAGUGCUACGACUCCGCGUCUAAUAUCACCCUCCCCGAUGGUACGCUGGACCCGCGGCGCGCUGUGAUCAAUUACCCAGACGGGCCGUACCCGCAGGAUCAGCCCCCAGACAAAAACAACAACUUGGCACUGGCAUGGCUGUUAAAGAGCAAGCGGUGGAGGCCCGUGUGGAGACGUGCACGCGAGGUCGCCGGCGCCGCGCCUGACUUCGUCUCACCGACGACGCCACUGAGAUUGCGUCUUGGGACCGGUGACUGGCGCCAGAAUCUGCUCGAAAUGGUGAUGCAGUGCCAGGGCCUCGAUGGCCUCGGCAUGGCGUUUCUCGGCAAGGACGCAGCCGAGGCCGAGUACGAGGGCGAGGAGGACGAGGGGAACGGCGAUGACGGCGAUAACGAAGAAGAAGAAGACAACGACGACGACGAUGAUGAAGGUGAAGAUAAUGAUGACGAGAUCAACGACAACCAAAACGAAGGCCAGGGGUUAGAGGUACAUGAACAGCAUAGACCCUUCGCACCAACAUGGACGAGUGUAGGCAGAGAGAUGGAGGCGGAAGUGGACAGCUGGAAGCCCCAGAUCCGCGAGUGGCGCGACAGGAUCGCACUCCUGGAGCAGGAGCCCCCGACUACCCGCGUUGGGCUGUGGAAUACACACGACUACCCCGACCUCUUUAUGGACCUAUGCAUUUGCUCGAGCGGAUUUGUCGUCGGCACCUAGGGUCUAAUUCGUUUUUUUUUGGGGGGGG